AUGUCAUGGAGGCACAAUGAUAAUGAGGCAUUAGGAGAUGGGGACAGCUUCAUGAAGACGAAGGACUGGGAGGACAUCGAGCCAGUUUGGCAGGAGUAUGUGCAGGAACAGUUCAGUGCUGGGGCACAGGAUGGAGGACAACAGAUGAAGGGAGGUCAAAAAAGAAUCAGAAAGCCUGCUUUUGAACUGGAAACCAAUGAAGAUGGGAUGCUGUUGCUUCUGAACAUCACCAAAACAAAACUCGAGGAGAAGAAGGCCAUAGCAAGGGCAUUUCUUACAUUGCACUAUUGGAUCUGUUCCAGGAGCAACAAGGCAGUCAUGCCAUGGAGUGCCAUCAUACAAAGUCAGUAUGAUUUUGUGGCAAGGAAGUAUGUUCCAGUGGAUGUGGACUUGAAGGAGCCUUCAAAGUUGCAAAAUUGGGACACUACAGCCUUACUCAAUUUCUGGCAUGCUCAGCAGGAGAAAGGCGAAGGUCCAACAUUCCUGUUCAAAGCAUGGAAGAACAGAGAUGGAGACAUGGUAGCAUCAGUUGUGUCCAGGAAUUCACCUUUCCAUCAGACUCAUAAAAAUUUGUCAACUGACACCGAGAGCAAUCCCAGGAGUAAUCCUGAGAGUGACUCUCAUCACAUGGAGGAUGAUGCUGAUGAUGAUGUGGCUGAUGGUAGAUCCCUGCAAAAGAGACCCAGAAGAGAGCUAGGUCCUUCAACAGCACAUGAAGGGACAGCAGUCCCACAUGCAAUUCCAAAGCCUCACCUGGUCAAGCCGGCAAAAACUGGUGCACUGCUGACAUCUCAAAUGGGCAACCUCCUGGCUGGGUUGACUGAUGGAGUCACCAGCAAUGUUGAGGAGGAUGUUGGAAUGGAAGGAGGGCACAUGUCUCUGGUGCCAAAGAACAUGCAGGGAAAAAAAGUGGUGAUUGAGCCAUCAGCAAGGACAACCCGGAGUAAAUCAACUCAACAGCCAUCAGACAAUACCCCUCAAGUGACAAGAGCAAGGGGAAAGAAGUAA